AUGAAGUGUUUCACUAAAUUGGUAGCCUUAUUGGCAACUUUAAUUGUUUCAUUACACUUUUAUUGUGAUAUUAAAGGUUGUUCUGAUGAAUUGAACCAAGUUUGUCAUUACACUAACCCAAUUGUCUGGAACCAAGUUAUUGCUAACGACUGUAGUUACUAUAGAAGAAAUAUUUCACCACAUUUCAUUACAGUUUACGAUAAAUAUAACGUCUCCGUUAAACCAAAUGUUAUUCAUUAUAUCAAUGAAGCUCAAGUUUACAUCGAACCUGCUACUGAUAAAAUUGUUAAAUUUUACAACGAUUACGAAUUACAACAAUAUGUCGAUUUAUCAGUCGAAUAUGCAAAAUUAGGUUAUGAAAGAACUUUGUCAUACUACAGAGUUACUUUGAGACCAUUAGGUUUACACUUGAAAACUCAAAUUGGUUUAGAUAAUGUCUGUGAUCAAGCCCAUGCUAAAGUUAUCCCAUUUUUGAAAAGUUAUAACAUUCCAACCUCUUGCGAAGAAAUGAGACCACAUUUGGAAAUUGUUAAGGCUUAUUGGGCCAACUUUGUUGAAACCAUGGAAUUAAAAUUCUCUGCAGUCGACAUCAAGGAAAUCCAAAAAGCUGUCUCAGACAAAGGUAAAAAAUUUGUCGAAAAGGUUAAAGAAACUUCCACUUCCAUUGCUUCAAAAGUCACAUCUGUCACCAAGUCUGUUUCUUCAGUAACUUCCUUCACAACUGAAGUUGUCAGUGAAAAAACUGUCGGUACCCCAGUUCAAAAGAGAAAAAUCACUAGCAAAUCUUCAGUUGAAGAAAGUUCAGUCGAAUCUACUCCAGAAUCAGAAGCUGAAGAACAACAAGAAACUACCACCAUUACCUCAACUGUCUUGAAAACUGUAGUUACAUCAGAUGAACCAAAGGAAACUCCUGAGAUUGCUCCAGAAUUAAUCCUAACUGAAGAAGAAAUUGCAGAAAUCGAAAGUUCUAUCAAAGAUGGUUCAAAAAAUGUCACCAUUGCUGAUGAUGCAUCUGUUGAAGCCUAUAUUUCAGCUUGGAAUAAAAUGAUUGAUGCGAAGGUUCAAUAUAACUUGGACUUGUUCGAAGCUUAUGCUACUAAAUACAAGGAUGAUAAAAUCACUAUUUUCAGACCAAAAUUGCAAGCUUCCACCGAUAAGUUAAAGAACAUCUACAAGGGAAGCAGAGCCGAAAUUGCCAAGCAUAUUGAAAACAUUGAAUGUAAGAAAGUUAUUUCUGAUGACGGUUCUGUCUCCUAUCAAAAUUACGAUGGUGAAACAAUCAAAUAUGUAUCUCGUAGAGAUGUGCGUCAACUGUUUGACAAAUACAUCACCGAAUUCAGAGACACUAUCUCUGUAUUUUUCAAUGUUAUGAACAGCUGGACCAGCAGUACUAACCAUCUAAUUAAUGUCAAACGUACUGAAUUGAUGACUUCUUACAGCAACUGGAGUAAACAAGCUAUCAAGGAAUGGGAAGAAAAAAUGGUUAGCUUCUAUGGUGAAGGUGUCAACAACAAAAAUGGUACUGAAGAACAAAAGAAGAAUUGGAAGAAAUUCUUGAGAACUAAGAGACGUGCUAUGUCCAAAUUAGUCUUAAUUGAAAAGGCUGAAGAUGAUAGAUCCGACAUUAACGAAUACACUAAAGGAUACGGUGAUUCUAUCAUCUCUUUCCACAACGACUUCGGUGAAGAAAUGUAUGUCUUGAGAUCUCAAGCUAACUUGAAAUUCCAAGAACGUGAAAAGGUAUUUGGUGUUGAUCCAAACUCAGAAGAAGAAGAAGAAGAAGAAGAAGUUGUUCCUCCUGAAGCAGCUGAAGCUUUAGAAAAGUCAGAAGCUUCUACUGUUGAACAACCAAUCGUUGAUGAAAAAAUAGAAACUUCUGAAUUUGAAGAAUCUGCCCCAUCAUCUUCAGAAGAUAAAUCUUCAACUGUACCAGAUGAAGAUGAACCAUCUGAAGAAGUUACUGUUUAA